AUAAAAAGUUAGAAAUGAUAGCACACCAAGGAAUCCUGAAUGCACUGGGUGUACCUGGCCAUGGGAAAAUCCCCCAGCUCGAAGUCUGAAUGUCUGUUGAGUCAUUCUGUGUGAGGAAGCCAUCUGUUGUCUGUCAUUUUCUUCAGCUUCAGAACAAGAUCCUAAUCCUGACAAUAUGUGCUGCUGGGAUUGGAGGCACUUUCCAGUACGGUUACAACAUCUCCAUCAUCAAUGCUCCAGCCUCAUACAUCCAGAUGUUCAUGAACACCACCUGGCUGGAGCGCAUGGGUGUUCCCCUGGAGAGCAACGUCAUCCUGCUGCUCUGGUCCUUCACUGUCUCUGCCUACCCUCUGGGAGGCCUCACGGGGGCUGUGGUUGCUGGCCCCAUGGCCAUCAUGCUGGGCAGGAAGAUGUCCCUGCUGCUGAACAAUGUCUUUGUGAUUGUAGCUGCAACCUUGUCCGGCUUCAGCCGAAUGGCCAAAUCCUUUGAAAUGAUUAUGCUCAGCAGAUUUUUCACUGGUGUGAAUGCAGGUGUAAGCAUGAACAUUCAGCCCAUGUAUCUGGCAGAGAGUGCCCCAAAGAAGCUCAGAGGAGCUGUGGCCUUGACCUCUGCAUCGUUUACAGCCCUGGGGCUGGUGCUGGGGCAGGUUGUUGGACUGAGGGAGCUCCUAGGAGGGGAGGAGAACUGGCCAUUGCUCUUAGCAAGCAAUGUGGUUCCUGCUCUGAUCCAGCUCACAGCUCUGCCUUGGUUCCCUGAAAGCCCCAGAUAUCUCUUGAUUGACCGUGGAGACAAAGAAUCCUGCAUCUCUGCACUGCAGAAGCUCAGAGGCACCAGUGACCUGAGUGCAGAGCUGGAAGAGAUGCUGGCAGAGCAGGCUGCUGUUAAAGGCCAGAGAGCAAAGAACCCAUGGGAGCUGUUCCAGAACCCAGCUCUGAGGUGGCAGCUGGUGAGCAUCGUGGUGCUGAGCAGCGCCAUGCAGCUCUGCGGGAAUGACUCGAUGUACUUUUAUGCAGCUUAUGUGUUCCAAGAGGCCGGAAUUCCUCAGGACAAGAUCCCCUAUGUUGUAAUCGGCACGGGAAGCUGUGAGCUGAUCACAUCUGUCACUUGUAACAUGAUUAUAGACUAUGCUGGUCGGAGGCCGCUGCUGCUGGGGGGAUAUAUCUUCAUGGCAGGAUGGGCCAUUGUCUUCAUGGUCGCUCUGAGCCAGCAGACUCAGAUUAGCUGGAUGCCUUAUCUCAGCAUGGCCUGCAUUUUCGCCUAUAUCCUGAGCUUUGGAAUCGGACCAGCUGGUGUAACAGGAGUUCUGCCCACAGAGGUUUUUGAUCAAAUGUCCCGACCAGCUGCUUACAUGAUCUGUGGCUCCCUGCUCUGGUUCAACCUGUUUCUGGUUGGAACAGCCUUUCCAUUCAUUGUGAAGAGUCUAGCACAUUUCUGCUACAUCCCAUUCCUUGUGGUCUGUGUCUGCACUGCCCUCUACGUUUGGUUUUUCCUUCCUGAGACAAAGGGAAAGUCCUUCCUGGAAAUCUCGGAGGAGUUCAGGAGACGGAACUUCAGAACUAGGACCCGUGCAGGUUUCUAUAAAGGGCCUGAGGAGAUCAAAACCACCACAUUGUAGCAGAAGAAAGGAAGAUGGUGUCUGGGGGAAUUCUGCAGUGAAUUCAGCAGUGGCUCUGUGCCCUUGCAGGGACACAAAGAGAGAACUUAGGGACAAUGUAUUUACUCUUAGGUCCUUAAGUUCACCUUGAAAACAUACACUUGAACUGAUAAAUCCAAGCAAAAGUUCAACAAUCUGUUCUCAGCUUUUAGUACUGAGUGACACAUGUAUAUUUUAGAAUCCAUAUCAGAGAGUGACAGAAUGAUGCCUUAUUCUCUUAUCAUCAUAAAACACCAUGUAACACUUUAGAAAAUUUCUCCACAAUUUUUCCAAACAGUAACUCCCAUUUCAGAAGUCCUUCUUUCCUUGCCCCUGAAUCUGGGCUUUCUAACACAGAAAUUAAUGCGAUUAAAUUCUGUUUUCAGACACCAGAUGAAAUUUUCAGUACCUUGUCGUGGUGCUCCCGUUGUUUCUGUUAUUAAGUGAUUUCAAAUAGACCCCUACUUGUUAAGCAAUAGUGAACAGUUAAUUAUUUUCAGCUAUAAAAACAUGUGACAGAUGGAUUAGAAAGAAAGCUUCUAGUACUUGCUAAGUGGCUUAUUAUACAACAGACUUUUGGGCAUUGUUUUGUAGACUAUUUAAUCUGGACUGGUUUUCUUCAUGGCUUGUUUGUUGUCUUCCAGUCCUAUGUUGUAAAGCACAAGUAAUUCCCUGGUCCAGUUUGUUCUGCUCCCAGGGACACUGCUGGUGCAUCUUGUAGGGUUUUACACCUGUGCAUCUGCUUUUGGAUGUGGAUCUUUAGAUCACACCACAGUGUUCUCUGCAGCAUGUCCUUGUUGUGUCCUUAGAGCACACUGGCAAAGACCCAGAUGUGACUGAUUCUUUUUAGUUAAUCUGAUACAGAACAGGGAGCACUCCUCACUGAACAUUUCACAGGCAUUGGCCUGACUGCUUAAGUUUCUUUUAGUUUCUUCUCAAAGUCAUCAUCAAGCCACCUCUUUUCUUUUGACUUUGUAUGAAAGUCACAGCACUGCUCAUGUUUGCAACAAAGAAGAACACGUACAUUUUCAAAAUAAGUAGGUAAAGUUUCUUUCAGCGUAUUUUUAAAGUAAAUUUAAAAAAAAAACGCAGUGUUUUUGAAUAAAAAGACUGUAAAAAUUUCUGGAGUGUAUUACUGUCAUGCUGGGCAUGAGUGGAGCAGCAGAACUAUUUCUCAGAAGAGGAAUCUGUGCAAGAACUCUCUUUCACUACCCAAAGUUUAUAACAUAUGAAAAAUAAAAGUAAACUUGUUUU